UUCGCCCUUAGACAUUUGUUCUGUCCACCACCAUAAACCCCGUCCCUACGUCGACCUUUUGGUUCUACCAGUUCGCACUACUCCUGAAACACUCCAUGGUCAUGUUAUAGCAUCCCCACGUCUUUCAACAUGGCCCCGGCGCAGGCUUUCGUCACCAGUUAUCCUCCGCGGGUAAGGCAAUAUGCCAACACCCUUCUCCAACCCGUCUUCCAACCACAGACCCUAGGUCCCGGAGGCAGAACAACAAAACGAGGGACAACCGUGAUAAAUUAUGCCGACGAUGUCUAUGAUGAUGACGACUUUGAUGAUAGCGAAGGUCCGCGACGAGCUACCGGUUUGCGCUCCCUGAGACGCGAGGAUAGUGAAAAGAAAGAAUCUCAGCAGCUCAAACUCGGUCGCGAAGCCCGCCGACCUGUCAGUAUACAGCCCAUCUACCGGGACUGGGUGUUAAGAAGGAACGUCAGGCCAAUUACCGAUGCCCAAGCCAACAUCCAGGCCCAGCUCCCUUUAACCCUCAUUCCUAUCCGAAUUGACCUCGAUGUCCCUCCUCACCAACCCGAUACCCCAUAUCCAAUCCCGCGCACAGCCGACCCUGCCUAUAGCAUGCUCCCGCACUACAAACGACCUGAACCACUCCCGGGUUUCAAGGUCCGCGACAUCUUCCUGUGGAAUCUCCACGAGAAUCUCAUGACCCCAGACGAUUUUGCCAUCUCUUUUGUUCGCGAACUCGACCUUCCAAACCAGACUGCCCUUGCAUUGAAUGUCAGUCAACAGAUCAGGACUCAAUUGGAGGACUAUGCUGGUGUCGCCAUGCACCCUCUUUUCCACACCCACAACAAAAGAUCCUCCCAGCAGGCUGACCACACCAACGCACCCACACCUUCGCUCCUGGCCAAUGGCAGUUCUCGAGACGGGACUCCUCGGGCCUUCCUAGGCGCCUCCAUAUCUCGCCCGGCCUCUACGACGCCAGGUACUCCCGCUCCGGGCACUCCACGACCCCAAACCUUACCCAACGGUGCUACCUUGACUGCAGUUGCGUCGCCCAUUCCUCCUCAGGACCUCCCAGUUGAUGAGACUGAAGAAGCUGUUGAUCCUCUUCUGAACCCGGACGACACAUACCGCUGUAUUAUUACACUUUCCAUUUAUCUGUCCUCCAAAUUGUACCAAGACAAGUUCGAAUGGUCCUUGUUGCAUCCACCUGGAGCAGCCGAAGCGUUUGCAAAGCAGACUUGUGCGGACAUGGGUCUUGGUGGAGAAUGGGUUAUGGCCAUCACCCACGCCAUCUACGAAGCUGUACUCCGCCUCAAGAAGGAAGCGUGCGAAGGAGGCAUGGUCCUGCUCGGAGGCGGGGUCUGGGGCGGAGGUGAGAUUGACAAUCAAGCCAUGCGGCAUGAAGAAGGUGCAGGCUGGAGAUACGACAUUGAUGAUUUUGGAGCCGAGUGGGAGCCCAAAUUCGAGGCCCUCAGUAAGGAUGAGAUCGAAAAGAGAGAAGGCGACCGCGAAAGACAAUUGAGAAGACUAAGGAGAGAAACAGCCCGUUUCAGCUCCACCACUGGCAUGGUCCCUUCGGCGAGAGAACAAGAAGCUCAGACACGUGGCAGUUAUUUCGACUAUACCGGCGUUGGUCUUGCUGGGGAGGAUACCCCCUCCAUGGGACGUGGAGAGCGAAGCAAGAAAAAGCGAAGAUUCCGAUCACUGAGCCCAGUCAACAAAGCACAAACGCCUGACGGGGGCAGUGUAGCAGGAGGAUGGGGCGGCGAAGGGAACCGUUUGCAUGAAUCUGAGCGACAGAACUGGAGAUGUCGACAUUGUCUCGUAUGGGGCAAUGCGGUAUGGGCUGUAAGAGACGGGCCACUGGGAGCAAGGACACUGUGCAAUAACUGCGGAUUGAUUUACGAAAGAGACAAGAUUCUGCCGGUUUGGUCAAAAGACUUGCAUCGUCUUGCUCAUCCAAUUGGGCGAUGAAAGAAGUUCUUGUCUUCUUGAUUUGGCAUCUACCAAAGUUAUCACCAGAUGCUCCACCUGUACCAUUAGAAUGGUUUUCAACGCUGAGCAAGAGUCAUGAAAUCAUCUGCUACGGUUUCCUCGAAAAUGGAUGUUGGAAGGGUGAACAAGCAGCGAGGCGCUCAUGCGACUGCUAUCAGGUAUCCUUGUUAUAUUGCGAGUAGAUUAGCGGCGUUCCCGCGCAUCCGCGGUGUAAGCUCAGUGCUUGAUCUGAGACGAUAACAGAAGUCUACAACCACA